UUAUGACGCGGCUCGCCUACUCCGUUAGGUUGACAGCUGACCAAGUGUUUGUCGUUGUAAAGACGGGCUUUUUUGUCUCUGCUUUCAUGGAAGAUACUUUUCUGUGAGCGUGGCAGCUUUUAAAACAGCGCAGAAAGCCAGCUAGCAGCAGUAACUGUUGGUCAGUCAUACGACCAGAUAACAUAGUUAGCCUAGCAGUAGGCUUAGCUUACUGUAACGUUAUGGCGUGACAGGAAAAAUGGUUGUUUGACGACGCCUGGGUAGAGCCUUUUAUCGAUUAUAACAUUGGUAUCGAAAAGGCAGAAAGUAAAGAGACGGGCGCAUGUGUCUAACAAUUAACUCAUUCGCAGGUUAGGCUUUUAGACAGCUGCCUGGCGUCCAACUUAGACUAGCUAGCGAGCUAAAUCCACGUUAGCAUGGCGUCAGAUACAAGUGACACCGAGGAAUUUUAUGAUGCUGCCGAGGACGUUAAUUUUACACCAUCUCCAAAAGUGUCACCUUCAAAAUUUGUCAUUCCUUCGCCUCAGCUUUCACAGAGAUCAGCAAAUGCUGCACAAGAUGUGAGCUGUGGCGUGGCUGCAUCUGAGACUCAGCAAGAUGAUUCCCUACAGAUCAUUGAUAGCAUCAUUGAAGAGAGUCAAAAGGGAAAUGUCGGCGAGGUGGUUGAGCUGUUAGAUCAUCUUCAUGUUGAUGUAAGAGCAGAGGCAGAACCAAAGGAAGAGCAUAAUGCUCAGGAAGUUUCUGAGGAGCAAGCAGUGGCAGCUGCUGAACCUCCGCUUGUCGAGAGGCCAGAAGAACAACCGGAAAACACAGAAUCAAACGGAGCAUGCUCUAUUCCUGCCCCUGAACCUGCUGACGUCCCAGGGCCAUCAGUGGGAACGCAAGAACAUGUUCAGCCUCCAGACAUAACCAGCACCAUAGGACGGAGUCAGCCUGAUGGGGCACUUGUGCUUGCAGAAGGGGAGCAGGAGCAGAGACCUGCAGACAUCUUAGACCAGGUCCCUUUCACAGACAGGCCAACUGAAUUGGACUCUUCUGGGCCUACCAAACCACCACGGCAAUUCACAGUGGAACCAGACAUUGUAGCCAGCACCAAGAAGCCUCCUCCGUCACGACCGCCCCCUCCUAGCGGAGGUCCUCCUCCCAGACCACCUCCACCGUCCUGGCAGACUCUCCCCUCCAAGAAGUCUCAGGAGUGUCUGAGACCAAGUGGACUUGAAGUGUCUGCAGUAAGUGGUGAUGCUUUGGAGCCCUCCGGCCUGGUGUCUCCCAGCAGCACAGUGAGGAGUCUAACCAAAGAGCUGCAGCAUUCCUUGGAUCUGGCCAGUGCCACCAGUGGGGACAAGGUGGUGACAGCACAGGAGAAUGAGGAUGAACAGGCCUCAUCUCAGAGUGGAGGACAAACUCCAGGCCCUCAGCGCCCACGGUCCAACUCUGGUAGAGAACUGACUGAUGACGAAAUCCUGGCUAGUGUAAUGAUUAAGAAUCUGGACACAGGGGAAGAAAUCCCUCUAAUCCAGGCAGAGGAGAAACUUCCUGCAGGGAUUAACCCCCUCACUCUGCACAUCAUGAGGAGGACCAAGGAGUACAUUACGAAUGAUGCUGCACAGUCAGAUGAUGAUGACAAGUCUCAGGCUCCGCUGGCAGACACAGAUGGAGGAAAACUGAAACAGAAAACAACCCAGUUUAAAAAAUUCUUGGGCAAGUCUGUGAAGAAGGCCAAACAUUUCGCUGAAGAAUAUGGAGAAAAGGCAGUCAACAAAGUGAAGAGUGUACGUGAUGAAGUUUUCCAUACAGAUCCAGAUGAUCCAUCAUCAAGUGAUGAUGAGGGGAUGCCUUACACCAGGCCUGCUAAAUUCAAGGCAGCACACAGCUUCAAAGGUCCCUUUGACUUUGAUCAGAUUAAGGUUGUGCAGGACCUGAGUGGAGAGCAUAUGGGGGCCGUCUGGACAAUGAAGUUCUCUCACUGUGGGAGGCUGCUGGCAUCCGCCGGCCAGGAUAAUGUGGUUCGCAUCUGGGUCUUGAAGUCUGCCUUUGACUACUUCAAUAACAUGAGAUUAAAGUACAACACUGAAGGUCGAGUUUCACCUUCCCCCUCUCAGGAAAGUUUAUGCUCCUCUAAAUCUGACACUGAUGCUGCGGCGAGUUGUGCUCCAGAGGACCCGGACACAGAAGACAGGAAUGCCCCUUUCCGUCAAGUCCCCUUCUGCAAGUACAAAGGUCAUACAGCUGAUCUGUUGGACUUGUCCUGGUCAAAGAACUUUUUCCUGCUCUCCUCUUCCAUGGAUAAAACAGUCCGAUUAUGGCACAUAUCCAGGAGAGAGUGUCUCUGCUGCUUUCAGCACAUUGAUUUUGUCACGGCCAUUGCUUUCCAUCCCAGAGAUGACAGAUACUUUUUAAGUGGCUCUCUGGAUGGAAAGCUACGGCUCUGGAACAUUCCUGACAAGAAGGUGGCACUGUGGAACGAGGUGGACGGACAGACACGCCUCAUCACCGCUGCCAACUUCUGCCAAAAUGGGAAGUAUGCAGUUAUUGGCACCUAUGACGGCCGAUGCAUCUUCUAUGACACAGAGCGUCUGAAAUAUCACACCCAAAUACACGUGAGAUCCACCAGAGGCAGGAACAAAGUUGGACGAAAAAUCACCGGUAUUGAACCUUUACCCGGCGAGAAUAAGAUUUUGGUGACCUCAAAUGAUUCCCGCAUCCGCCUUUAUGACCUGAGGGACUUGUCUCUAUCCAUGAAAUACAAGGGUUACGUCAACAGCAGCAGCCAGAUCAAGGCGAGCUUCAGCCACGACUACUCCUUCAUAGUCAGUGGUUCGGAGGAUAAGUACGUGUACAUCUGGAGCACUUACCAUGACCUGAGUAAAUUCACAUCUGUACGACGGGACCGCAACGACUUCUGGGAAGGGAUUAAAGCACACAAUGCAGUGGUCACCUCAGCCGUUUUUGCGCCCCACCCAGGCCUCAUUGUUCCACAGGAAACAGGGGCAGAUAAACCAGAAGCAGAGUGCAAGAGCCUGGACUCCACAGACUCUGAAACAAUACCCUCAGGUGCCCUAAAGACAGAUCACACAGAGGUUCUUCUCUCAGCUGACUUCACUGGAGCUAUCAAGGUUUUCAUCAAUGUAAAAAAGUACUGAGCACUUCAAAGGUUGUCAUCUCUUCUCAUGCAGGCCCUUCUGUC